AUGACCUGGAACGGUGCCAAGACGGACUAUGCUGGGACCGGGACCUGCUGCGCGAUGGCGAUCAACACUGCGAACGGAAGCAUUGGCGUGCGCAGGGCUCCGCCCUUCGGAGCAGAGGCCAGCUCCACUCAAAUCACAACUCACCUUGAUUACAGUUUGCCUGGAUUUAACUUGUUUGAGCACCUGCCCAGCCCUGCUGCUACCGCUGCUUCCCAGCCAGCAUUGUUUCAAACUUUCAAUGGAUUGAAGACCACCCCCCACCCACCUAGAAGAAAAGCAAUGUUUAAAAAGAAUAUGGCCCCGAGAAGAACGCAGCAGGUGGGGGCGGGGCCUUCCACGGAGCAAUCCUACAUCUACAAGGUGGUUCUGCUGGGGAGCACGGCCGUGGGAAAGUCAAGCAUAGCCUUCCGCUAUGUGAAAAAUGACUUCAGGGAAUCCAUGCCCACUGUGGGAUGUUCUUUCUUCACCCAGCUGGUAUGUUUAGAGACUGCCACGAUUAAGCUUGAGAUUUGGGACACUGCAGGACAAGAGAAGUACCAUAGCGUUUGCCACCUUUAUUACAGGGGGGCUAACGCUGCCCUUCUUGUAUAUGACAUUGCCAGAAAGGGAACUUUUGCGAGAGCAAAGCUAUGGUUGAGGGAAUUGGAGAAGGAAUUUCUUCCCGAUGAGCUCGUGAUUGUUUUAGUCGGCAAUAAGAUAGAUCUUGCUGCUCAGCGGGAAGUCACCUUUGAGGAGGCGGCGGAGUUUGCAAAGAGCAAAAGCUUAAUCUACAUGGAAACAUCGGCAAAAUCCAACCACCAAGUGACUGAGGUGUUUAUGGCCAUAGCUCACGAAUUAUUGAAACAGGAACAACAGAAGGAACCAGCCCUUCGGCCUCAGCCCUGGAAGAAGUCACGCGUGGAUCUGCGAGAGCCAAGCAAUCAGACUAAGAAGUGUUGCAUGAACUAA